AUGGAAUCGUCUUCUGAUGAGCAUGAAAAUGGUGUUGUGAGCUUCGGUUCAGUUGGCGAUGCUAGGGUUUCUGGAUAUGGAAAAGGGAUCGUAAUGGCGUCAGAUGAGAGAAUUUCGAAAGAUGUUGAAAAUGGGGGAAAUGAUCAUAUGCGUUUGAAUGGUGAAGUUUCAAGAUCAGGGUUGGUAGAUGAUCCAAAUCUCGGGACAAAUUUAGUUUCAGAAGUAGGCGAGUUACAUGCAAUCAAUCUUGUUGUUGAUUUACGCCAAUACUCUACAAAAGAAGCAAAUGAUGUUGAAUUCACUGAAAAAGAUUCAACUGUUGCUUCAUUUAAACCUGCCAAAAUCAUCCAGUGUGUUGAAGAUUUAGCUAAAGAUCCAUUUGGGAUAACUACAUCAGAGAUUUUAACCAUGGAAGCUCAGUUAUCAUCUUUUAGUUCUUGGAAAGGCUAUCCAGAUGGUGGUUUAAGCCCAUGCAAGAAAAUGAAAUGCUUAUCGGAUUUGAUGACAAAAAGUAAUCAUAGUUUUUCUGAAGUGGAAUAUACACCUAAGAAAAGAGGCAGAAAAAGGAAAAAUCUUGAACUUAACAGGGAUGAAUUUCUUUCCCUUGUUAGAUAUUCCGCCAGAAACCCGUUUGAAAAACAUCAUAACCUUGAAUCACUGGUGAAAUUUUCGUCUGAUUUUAGGAAUUAUUGCAUGGAGACAAAAUCCCAAUUGAGGGAAGAACCAGAAAUCCAACAUGGCAUUAGAGACUCUUACUGGACAGACAAGAUCAUUGAGUUGAAACCAAAGAAAGAGAACUCUACAUCUGCAACUGCAACUGCUUUAAUCUUAAAGUUUACAGAUUUGGAAUCAGUUCCAUCAGUUUCAAAAAUGAAUGAGAUAUUUGGGCGUUAUGGAGCUCUGUUAGAAGAAGAGACUCAAGUGUUGAAGAAGAAGAAGUGUGUGAAGAUGGUGUUUGAGAGAAGAUGUGAUGCAGAAACUGCUUUCAGUAGCAGUGGGAAGUUUAGCAUAUUUGGUCCAGCUCUUGUGAGCUACUGCCUUAACUUCUCACCAACACCUCGGAAAAGAGGGACAGCUGGCAGAAAUCAAAACAAGAAAGGUGUGAAAUCAGUCAAGGGGAUGCUUUUUGAAGAUUAG